AUUACCCGAGCUGCUCAAUCCUUUUAGCUCAAUUUUGUGCAACACCGGGUCCGAUAAUCUUUUUUCUCUGUUGUAGAUAAUAAAUUUGAAGCUGCAAGAUUGAUUAAUUUCUCCCAUUAUAAUUUUUAACCAGUAUGAGGGGCAGCUUAAAAGUUAGUAAGCAGGUGUGGAGAUCACUGUUGGGGAAGAAGCAGUUAUAUUUUCAUCAAAGAUGUGGAUUCCACUUGGACGCAUUACCAAAAAUUGGGACAGAACAGGACACCAAAAGUCCAGAGUUCCAGGAGAAUUACGAGUCCAUGAAAAAGGUUGUCGUCGACUUGUGUUCGAAAGUGUCGACAAUUAUCGAAGGAGGUGGAAUUAAAGCAAUCCAACGCCACACAUCGAAAGGCAAACUUCUUCCCAGAGAAAGAAUCCAGUGUUUACUCGAUAAUGAUUCCGCAUUCUUGGAAAUGUCACAAUUUGCUGGGUAUCAGCUAUACGGGGAUGAGGAUGUUCCUGCGGGUGGGAUCAUUUCCGGAAUUGGGAAAGUUAACGGAGUGGAAUGCAUGAUAAUUGCGAACGACGCCACAGUCAAAGGGGGGUCGUAUUAUCCAAUCACAGUCAAGAAACAUCUUCGUAGUCAAGAAAUUGCGAUGGAGAACCGUCUUCCAUGCAUCUAUUUGGUGGAUUCUGGUGGGGCCAAUUUGCCACGACAAGCAGAAGUUUUCCCAGAUCGUGAACAUUUCGGCAAGAUCUUCUACAAUCAGGCUAGAAUGAGUUCUAUGGGAAUUAGUCAGGUUGCAGUGGUACUUGGUAGUUGUACGGCUGGAGGUGCGUACGUCCCUUCGAUGGCGGACGAGAGUAUCAUAGUAAAAAAUCAGGGAACCAUUUUCCUCGCAGGACCUCCCCUUGUCAAAGCUGCUACAGGAGAAGAUGUAUCUGCCGAGGAUUUAGGAGGUGCUGAUCUUCAUUGUGGAAAAUCUGGUGUAACAGAUCACUACGCUUUAAACGAUAAAGAUGCUCUUCAAAUAGCUCGGAAUGUUGUGGGAAACCUAAAUUUCAAGCACCCUCCAAAACAAUUUGCUCCUCUUCAUACUGUCAAAGAACCAUUAUACGACCCUGAAGAGAUGUACGGAAUUGUGGGAACAAAUUUAAUGAAAACUUUCGAUGUUCGCGAGGUCAUUGCAAGAAUUGUCGAUGGAUCAGAAUUUUAUGAAUUUAAAGAAAAGUACGGAGAAACACUGGUCACCGGAUUUGCUCGUCUUUAUGGUCAUCCUGUAGGCAUAAUUGGAAAUAAUGGGGUUUUGUUUUCAGAAUCUGCGCUGAAGGGAACACAUUUUAUUCAACUCUGCUGCCAACGAAAGAUUCCUUUAAUUUUUCUCCAAAAUAUCACCGGAUUCAUGGUCGGUCGUGAUGCAGAAAGGGGUGGAAUUGCUAAAAAUGGUGCAAAAAUGGUCACUGCGGUAUCCUGCGCAAAGGUGCCCAAACUCACUCUAAUCAUCGGAGGGUCGUACGGUGCUGGCAAUUAUGGAAUGUGUGGUAGAGCGUACAGUCCCCGAUUCUUAUAUAUGUGGCCAAACGCUCGAAUUUCUGUGAUGGGUGGUGAACAAGCUGCUGGCGUGUUGGCGCAAAUUACUAGAGAUCAGAGGAUUCGGGAAGGAAAAACUUUUACUGCUGAGGAGGAGAAAGCUUUAAAACAGCCAAUUAUUCAGAGAUUUGAAGCAGAAGGGCAUCCUUACUUCUCUAGCGCUCGAUUAUGGGACGACGGAAUUAUCGAUCCUAAGGAUACUAGAAAGGUUUUAGGUCUCUCUCUCAGCGCUGCCCUCAACGCUCCAAUUCCGGACACCACAUUCGGCGUGUUUAGAAUGUAAUAAAAAUACUAUGGAAUUGUGCUAGACAUACAUAUUGCAAAAGUGACUGCCAUUUACAUUGUUAACAAACCAAACAAUAUUUCACUACAGUCUUGCCUAUGCGAUAAUGCCAUAAUGAAUAUGUUUAGUAGAUUCUUAAGACUUAUUUCUGACAUGACAGAACAAAAUGUAACUAAAAUUAGCUGUGCAUACCAAUUAUUCAACAUUGACUGUAAUUACUUAGGAUCGUUAGAACUGUGUGAAGCAAAGAUAUUCUUGUACUGUCCAGUGUCCUGUGUGUAGCCUUUUACUAAUAAUAAGUCAGCCUAAAAGAUAAUCGUGAAUCGUGACAAUAUUUGUAGAACGACUUAAAAAGAUCUUUAUUUUCAAACUUAAUAAAAUGUUUAUUUCGAUUAAAUUGAUAUCGAAAUCGUCACAAA